CCAAGGGUUCAGUACACCAAGUCUGCGGCUUUGCCUAUUACCUUAGGAUACUAGGAGAAAUGGCGGACCACUACCGUUCGCUGCUUGCGGAUUCCAGCUCUGGCUCGCAGGAUACCGCUCCAUUCUUCGGCUUUAUUGGCGCAGCUGCGGCCCUGGUCUUCUCAUGCAUGGGCGCCGCUUAUGGCACAGCCAAGUCCGGUGUGGGCAUUGCGUCCAUGGGUGUUAUGCGCCCUGAGCUGGUCAUGAAGAGCAUCGUCCCUGUGGUUAUGGCUGGUGUGCUCGGUAUCUACGGCCUGAUUAUUGCGGUCAUCAUCUCUACUGGCGUGAACCCCGCAAGCUACACGCUGUUUGACGGCUUCGCGCACCUGGCGUCCGGACUUGCCUGCGGUCUCGCCGGUCUGGCUGCGGGAAUGGCUAUUGGCAUUGUCGGAGAUGCUGGAGUCAGGGCUAAUGCUCAACAGCCCAAGCUUUUCGUCGGCAUGAUCCUGAUUCUGAUUUUCGCUGAGGCGCUGGCUCUGUACGGUCUCAUCGUCGGCAUUAUCUUGUCGUCCAAGGCCGGCGCCAGCGCUGCUGCUGCUGGUGGAAGCGAUUAAGCUUGGACAACGCAAAAUUCUGGAGGGGAGUCUUUGAUGCUAUGCGGAUGCGGGGGGGAGGGGACGGAAUUUAGGUGGCGGCUUACUAGCAACUGCCGUACGGGUAUGGGUUAUCCCACCUAUCUGGCGAUGCCAAUGCUUCAAAGAGGCUAGAUGACCUCGUGCGCCUUGUGACUAUAGAUACAUUUUACGGGUUUGUUGCCAAAACGCGUGGAAUGGCAUGUACAAUAUCCUUUCGUAAAUCUCGCAUGUCAUUGCAUGGGGAAACUUUGGCGAAGCCAUGUAACGUUCAUACGCCAAG